AAAAGUGUGUUUAGUUUAUGGGAGCAAACACGACAGUGGUCAAUUCGAUAAAACCGAAGAUUGGUUUUAUGUCUUCUGUCUUGUUAUCGGCCCCUCCACAUUAUACCUGUCUACCUUUGCCCAAUACAACGGCGAUUUCUCCAAUCCUUUAACUGCACCUUCUUCUUCUUCACCCUUUUAGCCUUUGUACCUUCUUCACACACUCCAUUACCCUCUCUCUGUGCAAAAAUGUCUCAGGUUGUUGCUACUCGAUCCAUUCACUCCUCCCUCACGCGCCCCACCUCGGGAUCUGCACUCCACAGGCCGCCAACAUCGUUGAAGCCUCCAACUUUUGCUUCGAAAGUGUUACCACAACAAAGUAAAAACCGCUGCAAAGUUCGCUACCCCAGUUGCCGCGUCAAUGCGAGGAAAUCUGCACCGGCUGAAGUUGUCCCCGUGUCACCCGCGGAUGAUUCUAAGAUCGAGGAGGAGUUGCAGCAGUUGCGAGGGAUGCAGCAACUUGGUGACAUUGCGGUUGGAAUGUGGUCCAAACCAACGUUUAGGAGGAAGACAAAGAUUGUUUGCACCAUUGGUCCUUCUACCAACACCAGGGAAAUGAUCUGGAAGCUGGCUGAGGCUGGGAUGAAUGUCGCCCGUAUGAAUAUGUCUCAUGGAGACCAUGCUUCUCAUCAGAAAGUUAUUGAUUUGGUUAAAGAAUAUAAUGCUCAAUCCAAGGACAAUGCCAUUGCAAUUAUGCUUGAUACCAAGGGUCCUGAAGUUAGGAGCGGGGAUUUGCCUCAACCAAUUGUAUUAACACCUGGGCAGGAAUUCACUUUUACCAUCCGGAGAGGUGUUGGAACUGCAGAUUGUGUUAGCGUGAACUAUGAUGAUUUUGUCAAUGAUGUGGAAGUGGGGGACAUGCUUCUUGUUGAUGGUGGUAUGAUGUCUUUGGUCGUGAAGUCUAAGACAGAGGAUUCUGUGAAAUGUGAAGUUGUUGAUGGAGGAGAGCUCAAGUCAAGGAGACAUUUGAAUGUUAGAGGAAAAAGUGCAACACUGCCUUCCAUAACUGAGAAGGAUUGGGAUGACAUUAAAUUUGGAGUGGAUAACAAAGUUGAUUUCUAUGCUGUUUCUUUUGUGAAGGAUGCACAAGUAGUUCAUGAACUGAAGAAUUAUUUGAAAAGCUGUGAUGCUGAUAUACACGUCAUUGUAAAAAUUGAAAGUGCAGACUCUAUCCCAAACUUGCAUUCAAUUAUUACAGCAUCUGAUGGGGCCAUGGUUGCAAGAGGAGAUCUUGGUGCAGAGCUCCCUAUUGAAGAAGUUCCACUUUUGCAGGAAGAGAUAAUCAGCAUAUGCCGAAGCAUGGGAAAGGCCGUUAUUGUGGCAACAAAUAUGCUGGAAAGCAUGAUUGUUCACCCGACACCAACCAGAGCUGAGGUAUCUGAUAUUGCAAUUGCUGUUAGAGAAGGUUCUGACGCAAUAAUGCUUUCUGGGGAAACAGCUCAUGGAAAGUUCCCACUGAAAGCUGUGAAAGUAAUGCACACUGUAGCAUUACGGACAGAAGCCACUAUAACUGGUGGUCAAUUGCCACCUAAUAUUGGCAACGUAUUCAAGAACCACACGAGUGAGAUGUUUGCUUAUCAUGCAACCAUGAUGUCUAAUACCCUCGGAACCUCAACUGUUGUCUUCACCAGAUCAGGCUUCAUGGCUAUCCUACUGAGCCACUACAGACCUUCAGGCACGAUAUUUGCUUUCACAGAUCAAAAGAGGACACAACAAAGGUUGGCUUUGUAUCAAGGAGUCUGUCCAAUUUACAUGAAAUUCUCUGAAGAUGCCGAAGAGACUUUCACUAGAGCCCUGGAUCUGCUGCAGAAGCAAGGAAUGGUGAAAGCAGGAGAAGAAGUAGCACUGGUACAAAGUGGCAAACAACCCAUAUGGAGGUCCCAAUCCACUCACAAUAUUCAGGUCCGAACAGUGUAAACAGAAUGAAACGGGUUGAUGCAGAUUGAAUUUUCGUUGGUUGUUGCCUAGGAUUUUCACUUUUUUUCUUUUUUCAUUUUUUCAUUUAUGCUUUAAUGUCAUCCUAUUUUUUUUGUGAUUGUUCCA